AUGGCCCCGCCGGCUCUCAACGACGUUGAAGCAGACCGCGGAGAUGUAGCGUCUGCUGCUUCGAGUUCCACGACGUCAAGCAAACUACGGCCACCAAGUUCUCGCGGGAUGCGAGCACCCUUGGUCCCGAAUCCACUCAAUACAAACGUUACAACGCGCAAACGACGGUCUGUCAGCGUGCCACCGAAAGAUGUCAAACCAGCACCGUCUGGAAUUAUCAGAGGACAGAGAACGGCAGACAUCGAGGCGACUGCUGAAGCCGUCAACAAAGCCAUUCGAACACGAGCCCAAAGGGAGGCAGUGGAGGACCCAAAGUGGCAACAGUUUGAAGCCAGGAGAAAUGCUGGAACGAAUGUCUAUGGUGCAAAACCGCGAAGUACGUCUUGCUGCAACGGUCCCUGUGGUAGAACACUUACGCUGAACCAGUUGGUGCCGAGAUGCAAGAGGAACGGGCAAGAACAUCUGCUCUCCAAUCGGCAUAUCAAACUAGAGACAGAAGUCAGAGAGAUGAAGAAUCAAGAGUUGCAACACCGGCGAGGGUUGAUAGCCGCAAACGAGGAGCUGGCUGCGUUGAAAAAGGCCCAUGAACGAAAGGUCCAGGAGCUCGAAAAUGAGAAGAGGCAGCUGGAGCGUCAGCUCAAGGACGUCAGAGAGGAUUUCCGCCUGGUCCAAAACGAUCUCCAGAUGGAACGAGACGCCAUGACCUCGUUGAAGUCGACCGUAGCUCAGCACGCAAGUAUACAGCUGAGUCUCAAGGCACAGUUGGAAGCGAGCCAACGGCUUGCCAGCUCUCUGCAACAAGAGGUUGAGCGUCGACUGGGAAGUGCAUCAGAGCUCCAACUCCAGCUGGAGACCGUGCGAAAGCGCAACGAGUUUUUGGAGGCUGAGGCGCAAGCCAACGAACAGAUUCGUCGGCGGCUGCAUAAUCAAAUACAAGAGUUGAAAGGCAACAUCCGUGUCUAUGUGCGAGUCCGGCCUGUUGUUCCGGGUGAAAAAGACGAAGCCGGAGGUCAAGCCGCAAUCGAGUUCCCAGACACUCGUGACCAUCAGCAGAUAGUGUUGACCAACACGACAGAGUCGGCGAUGGGUAGUCAACGGAAAGAAGCCCUGUCGUUUACCUUUGAUCGAGUAUUUGAACCACAAGCAACACAGCUUGAAGUGUUUGAGGAAGUGUCGCAGCUCGUACAGAGUGUUGUUGAUGGAUACAACGUUACCAUCUUUGCCUACGGACAAACCGGCAGCGGAAAGAGCCAUACAAUGCUCGGGACCUCACCGGGUAGUCCAGCGGAGGGUAUGAUUCCCCGUGCUGUGCGACAGAUUUUCCAAACUGGUGAGGGUAUGAGAUCAAAAGGGUGGGAGUAUACCAUGGAAGGCCAAUUCUUGGAGAUCUACAACGAGACCAUCAAUGACCUAUUGGGCUAUGGCGAGUUUGAUAGUAAGAAGCACGAAAUCAAGCAUGAUAAGUCCGGGAGGACGACUGUAACCGAUACCGUAACACUGCCUUUGAACGGACCAAGCCAAGUGGCCACAUUGUUAGCAAGAGCCGAAUCUCGACGAUCAGUAGCUGCAACGUUGAUGAACCAACGUUCGUCGCGAUCACAUUCCGUCUUUACCUUGCGUGUGUCUGGCACAAACACAAUCACCGGCGAGAGUUGCGAAGGGUGUCUGAACCUAGUGGACUUGGCGGGGUCGGAACGACUUUCCUCGUCUGGUGCGGCAAACGACAAGGAUCGUUUGCGUGAAACGCAGGCCAUCAACAAAAGUUUGAGUGCAUUGGGAGACGUCAUCGCCUCCCUUGGGGUCGCAGGUGACAAUGGCAAGCAAGCGACGCACAUUCCUUACCGCAACUCAAAGCUCACAUAUCUGCUGCAAAAUUCACUCGGCGGAAACUCCAAGACUUUGAUGAUCCUCAAUCUUUCGCCCAUGGCGGCGCAUUUAGGCGAGUCUCUGUGCUCGUUACGCUUUGCGACCAAGGUCAAUAAUACGACGAUUGGAAGAGCAACGGCGAAAAAAUUAGCAGCGGCUCCAUGA